AUGGAAGAUACAAGCACAAAAACAAAUGGAUUCAACACCAACAAUGUUUAUGAAUGGAACAUUGAUGGCAAAUCUGAGUACAAUAUCAUGCAAAUGUUACAACACAUGACCAUGGUUUGUACGGCCUACCAAACAGCCCAUGAUUCCACAGAAGAAGCCAUAGCCAGUAUUAUAGUAUCUAGUUUUACCGGCCAAUUAAAGGGUUGGUGGGAUCAAUAUCUCACGGAAGCCCAAAAGUCUGAUAUCUUUUUAGCUGUCAAAAUAGAUGAUAAUGGUGAUCCAAUUUAUAAUAAUGGUGAAACCAUCCCAGAUGCUGUCAACACUCUAGUGUUUACAAUAGCCCAACACUUCAUAGGAGAUCCAUCUUUAUGGAAAGAUAGGUCUGCUGAAUUAUUAUCAAAUCUCAGGUGUAAAACCUUAGGAGAUUUCAAAUGGUACAAAGGCACUUUCCUUAUAAGAAUUUACACUAGGGAAGAUAGUCAACAACCUUUCUGGAAAGAAAAAUUCUUAGCAGGACUUCCUAGAUCAUUAGGAGAUAAGGUCAGGGAAAAAAUCAGAAGUUUAACCCCUGAUAAUAUCAUUCCUUACGACCAUUUGACUUAUGGUCAACUUAUCUCUUAUGUGCAAAAAACAGCCUUAGAAAUUUGUCAAAACGAUAAACUCCAAAGACAACUUGCUAAGGAAAAAUCUCAAAGUAGAAAAGAACUAGGAACGUUUUGUGAGCAAUUUGGUAUACCAGGAUGCUCUACAAAGAAAACUAGGAAAGUUGUCAAACAAGAACAAUUUCCAAGUACCAGACCUAAGAAUAGUAGACCAAAAUUUCGUAGGUCUAGAAAACCAUUUCAAUCUAAAAAAAGCAAAACACAAACUAGACCACCAACAACAAAAAGCAUUAUUUGCUACAAUUAUAGGAAACCAGGUCAUACUAGUAAAUACUGCAGACUCAAAAGAAAAUUAAGCAACCUCAAUCUAGAACCAGAAUUGGAAGAAAAGAUCAACAAUUUUCUAGUUGAAACUUCCGAAGAAGAAUCUGAUCCAGAACUCUCUGAAGAAAAUCUCAAUGAAAUUCAAGAGGAUGAACAAGAAUCAUCCUCUGACAAUGAAAACAUUCCAACCGUGAAUGUUUUAACAAAAGAGCAAGAUCUUUUAUUUGAAGUAAUUAAUUCCAUUCCGGACCCCAAUGAAAAAAGAACUUAUUUGAAUAAGCUCAAACAAACCCUAGAACAGACUUCCUAG